AUGGAUGAAGUUGCCGAGGAGAGGAUGGUAAGCAAGGCCGUGGUGGAAUUUAACGCCACCUUGCAGGCAGCUGUAAGGGAGGUCCACAUGGACGUGAGUGCUUUCAAGCAGCGCAUCGAGCAGCGCAUUGACGAGAUGAGCGCCUCCAGCGGCCCCCUGGCCGAGGCGGUGGGUAGGUUAAAGGAGGAGAACCUGCAGCUCCGCUCUAAACUGGAGGCUCUCAGCCGCUUGGUAGAGUCUCUCGCUGGGGUACAGAUUGACAGGAACUACUCUGCUACCGGGCCCAAGGGGAAGAGUAACGAACAGGGUGUGGACAAUGGGCUCACAGAGAUGCAGUCAAAGAACCAGGAAGACCAGAGGGGCCAUGUGGGUCUGACUGCUUCCAAAUCUGGACAAUUAUGGAGAGCAAAAGAAUUUAAUGGAGUGGAGGCCCAGACUGAGAAGCGCAUUGGCUCAGUGGAACAACCGAACAAGAAGCGAGCCCAGGAUGGGUUUGGCGGUCUUACCGAACAUCAUCUUCCCAUCACCGCUAUGACAAGAGUCAGCUCAGAAGCGUCAGUCAUCGCCCACGUCGCAGCUCCAGUGGUUAAAGUGUCAGCGGAAAGCGCAAUAAAAUCAUUUAGAAAUAAAAGUGGUUUAUCUGGAUCAAAAGACUUUGCGUUCCAGGAUCAAUCAAGCUCUCCAUCUCUGGCUGCUUUGGCGCAUCUUCCUCUCACAGCUGCGAGCAGAAGCAACCCUGAAACUUUGCCUGCCCCUAAAUCUUUUCAGACCCCAUCUUUGCCAGAAUCCCCAAAUGUAAAACCAGGAGAGUAUCCAUUUCGACGCGAUGUCAGCGAGGCCAAGCUGCAAUCGUCUCUCUCAACCUCAGGAGUAAAAAAUAACACAGAGUCACAACCGAUUGCUCCACCGGCAUCCCAGGAACCAUCUGUUAAACCAGGGGAGUACCCCUUUAAGAGAACUCCAGUUCUAAAGACACCAAGCCCGAGUCUGAAAAGAAGUGUGAGCUUUCCUCAACCGGCAGAAAAGUUACUUCCAUCCAAGUCAAUCAUAAAACCAGGUUUGUCGCCUGGUUUUGAGAAAAAAGGCACCUCCUCUACUGUGGAAUUUAAACAAGAUGUGACAAAGUCUAACACGCUUCCUCGCGCUGGUGGUGCACAGGCCAAACGUGCCCUCUUUGAGCGGAUGAACUCCGAGCCCCUAAAGCCCAAGGACUCCAAGCCCAAAUUGAAGCGCUCACAGAGUUUUGGCGUUUCCAGUGCCAGUGGGAUAAAACAGAUCCUGUUGGAGUGGUGCCGCUCUAAAACUAUAGGCUAUCAGAAUAUUGACAUACAGAACUUCUCCUCGAGUUGGAGCGACGGCAUGGCCUUCUGUGCCCUGGUCCAUUCCUUCUUCCCGCUUGAGUUUGACUACAAUACGCUAAACCCUUCCAACCGCAAGCAAAACCUGCAGCUGGCUUUCACUACAGCCGAAACGCAGGCUGACUGCCUCCGUCUGAUCGAAGUGGACGACAUGCUGGAGAUGGGUGAUAAACCAGACCCCAUGUGCGUGUUCACCUACGUCCAGUCACUCUACAACCACCUGAAGACGUUUGAGUAA